AGAGAGAGAGUAGUGAGCUUGAGCCGAUGCUCGAAGAUGUUGUACUAGCGGUUCUCUGGUGUGCACGGCUUAGCGUUACAACGGACACGAGCGCAAGUUGAUAGGGAGGAGACGUUAGCCGGCCACGACGGCGUUGCAGCAGCAACCGCCGCCGAGGACGACGUCGGAAGCGAGGAAGCUUUCCCUGUUCGGUUCCUGUCUCCCCCUCGCCGUGGGCCGUCGUCGAGUCGCUCGAUCAGGACACAAUAUAUACUGUACAAAAUGAAAUGGUCUCCAGGAGCUCUUUUUUGUGAGCAGGUGGGCGAAUUGACAAGAGUUUUUUCACAAUGGAAUGAGUGCGAGCAAACAGUUGUACUGUAUGCCUUAUUAAGACGAAUUCCAGCUGUUCAAGCUCGUUUUCUUGCUCAAGCUGUUCAGCAUUCUCUGCACUCAGUUUCAGAACUGGACUCACAAGAACUCAAUGCUAAUAAUCCUGCUUUUAUUAAUUCACUAUUAUUGGAGACAACAGAAGUUGCCAUUAAUCAGCUACUCACGCAUCUUCCUUUAUUAAGACCAGGAAACGUGGAAUGUAAACAAUGCUAUUUAUUAGCAAUACCGGAACUAAUCAGUCAUUGUAUAACUACUGGUCAAUAUACAGAACAAACGCAGCAACUUCUUAGCUAUACUCUUAUUCAUCCAGCUAUUACUAGUCAAGAUAGACGUGCACUAACUCAGUGGCUUAGACAACUCGAAGAUAGAAUUAGCAAUGUGCAACCAGUUCAUAAUCUUGAAGAAUAUGCAAAUAAUACAUCUAUUCGAUGGGACGCAACAUGGCAAAAGACAAUUAAGCAAAAUGAUCAAAUAAACCAAGGUUACGGUGCACAAUCUGGAACAUCUUUUAAUUUUCAAUUUCAACUCCCGGCAAGUCGUCAACGACGUUCGAAUAGUUUAACACCUCCUGUAUCAUCACAACCCGAGGUCAUUGAGCGUGGUGGUGGAAACUCAAAUAUUUCAACAAGACACAAAGCUAGAAGCUUUAGUAUUUCCGAAGAUCAUUCCAUUGCUGCUCUAAUUGGGUUGGGACCCCUCAGUCCUCAAAGUUCUUGUGCAAGUAGUGGUAGUGAAGGUGAAGCUUCCGCCCGACCUUUAACUACAGGAAUGAGAGACGUUCCAUCAUGGCUCAAGACUCUACGUCUCCACAAAUACAGCUAUCUGUUUACCAGCCUAUCUUACGAGGAAAUGCUUGAACUCACAGAAGAACGUCUUGCCGAACAAGGAGUCACUAAGGGUGCACGGCAUAAGCUUGCUUUAUCAAUUGCGAAACUACAGCAGCGCUAUCAGACAUUGUUAAGUUUGGAGAAAGAUCUCGUACAGCCGCAACGUGAGACAAACCAAUCUACUUCUUUUGCUCAGAAGCCAUUGAUGGUUGGCGCUUUGGAUGAACUUAAAGCAAUACUUGCAACACCUCUCAAACCGAGCCAGGAGAAUGAUAAUCAAGACAUACCAGCACAAUUUACGAAGGUUCUUGGUAAAUUAUGCAGUAGAUUGGCUUUAGAAAAUAUAGACGAUGCAGUCUUAUGCUCAUGUAUAAGUAUUUUUGAGAAGGUAUUACAACAUGAUUGUUUUACAUCAAGUCAGAAAGAAAAAGUACAACAGUGGCGUAGUCGUCUUGGCAAUCCUAGACCGACUCCUAAAUGGCAGCAUAAUCAUGCUUUCUUUAAUCGAAGAUAUUGUAAUUCACAACAACAUAGCCGGAAACCUAGUUUAAAUUUAGGCCAUAUUGGAAGCGCUAAAUCAUCAAACAAUUUUAUCAUUACACCACAUAGAAACAGCAUAUCUACUCCAUAUCUGCAAUCAAGUUCGAGUCAAUCAUCAAAUCAAAAUAAUCUCCAGUCAGUUCAAGUUCCCGAAAAACGACCCAGUCUUCAGGAGACUAGUUUAGAGCAGUUGCAGAGAACCUUGCAACGUACAUACAGUGCACCAAGAGACAACUUCUUUGGGCAUUCAAGCAGUACAAUUGAAACGACGGAACCGGAGAUAAAUUCUCGCUUAGAGUCGCUGUGUUUGCGCAUGACUGAGCAGGCCAUAGGUGGUUUUGGUGAAGCUUAAAGUUUCAUUUUGCUUGAUAACAAUUAUUAAUAAAUGGCACCGCAUUCGUAUUGUUAUCCACACACUUAUACAGCAGGUUAGCGCUAUUUUUAUAAUUUUUGGACGACGAACAUGAAACAAACAGAAAAAAAAA